AUUUUUGCAUGCACUUUUGUUGUGUAAAAGCGUUUGUAAUUCUGUGCAAGCAACAAGACGUAAACUUUGCAGAAAAAAAAUCAAUGUUAUGUCGGUAAAGUUUUCAUGUCCAGCAUUCCCUUAAGCACGCCCUUUUUAUUUUAAGUUCCGUUUUUCUUAUACAAACAUCUGGUGUAAGGUUGUCUAAUUUAAGAAUCAGAAAGACGUAACGAAAGUUACUACCACUAUGUAUUUUUUUCUGAAUAUCAUAAUUUACUCGUAAACGUUCAAUCCUGGCUUGAACACUUUCGAAACGCAACUGAUGUCCGAUGAGAGAAUUUAUUUUCUGGAAAUUAUUCAAAACCAAAGUCUCUCAUUGGAUAUUUAUUAAGUUCUAAAAUAUCGAAAAUAAAUGUAAUAUAAGCAAGGUGAACGUGAAUCUAUAAUAAAGUCUAUUCCUUUCAGCUGAACUAGAUUGAAGUUUUUGCUUUUAUAAAGAGGGGAGUUAAAAAAAUGUAUAACCUAGCAUUGAAGCAGGGAAAGGAAUAAAGUUCUAAUGCAGCGCGCUAACUUAGAAUAGAGGUCGUGUUCUUGGCGUAAUAUGAACGUGUAAAGUACAUUACAUUAUCAUGAAAAAUAACAGAGUAUACAUCGCAUAGAAAAUGCGUAAACAAUCCACAUAAACGUAAUCUUGAAUCUACGGCACAACCUGUUGGUGGCUAAAAUCGUUCUGAAAGUGAGUAUCUUCCGGACCGUAACAGCGAAAGUUCGUUUUUUCUUCGUGCGUUUCGUGUAUACCCAUCUUUACAUGAAUGCGCAGAAGAAUAGGAUCGGUAUCGUAAACAUAUGAAUACCAUGGCUGACAUCAGUCGAGUCAAUGACAACGAAAUCACGUUUGACAGCUCCUCAAGAGAGAACUCGAACGAAGCCGUUAACAAAGUUUCGCCGCGGAAAGAAAAGUGAUCCUCGCACAUUACAGUCGACGGAGGCUUGCGUCAUUAAAUCGCGGUGCGUAUGCGAGAUUUACGUGCUAAUUUUUUCUCCCCUUUUCUUUAAUCCCUCCGCUUCUGCGUUUCCAUACUCGCGCGCGACGUUGAUGUUCCGUGUACUUUCUAGAGUGCCUCGAGAGAUCACGAUUGUCACUAUUAAGACACGCUUUAUUGCUCCGCGAGGGACAACUUUCCGUCUUUUAUUGCGCGGUUUAUAUGUGAAAUUUUAGAUUGACGACGUGAAAAUCACAGGACAGUUGAUGACGCGAGAAUCGCGGGCGCGAUUACACGAAAUUACGGGCGUCACGUUUGUGGAUAGGCUGCAAAGGUAUUCAGAGACUCGCUGAGACGGCGAACUGUUGAAGCUAAAACAAGGAUUAUCUUAUCUCCUAACAACGGAUCUCGUUUAUUGUCGGACUUGACAAGUCAAAGUAUUAGUACUUUCGAGAGAUGAGAAAUAUUCGACAUAUCUUCAGAGAUAUCAAAUUGUCGAGACUGUUUCUGGAGCUGCCUCUUUUGUCGAUGAAGAUAAGCCUAGCGAUGAUAAUCGCGACUUUCAGAACGAUUGUGCCGCGCUCCAUGAAACGUUUGCUUGGAGAAACCGUUCUCAUCACCGGGGCUGGUCACGGUGUUGGCCGCGAGUUAGCCAUCCAGUUAUCCUUGAUGGGUUGCAUAAUUAUUUGUUGGGACGUCGACGUCGAUAACAACCGAUCAACCAUGAGAGCUGUAUCGAAAAACGGCGGAGAAGUUUACGGCUUUGUGGUCGACGUCUCAAAAAGAUUGGAAAUACGAGAGACAGUGAGAUUGAUGAGAAAACUCGACCUGCCGGAUGUGACGAUACUCAUCAAUAACGCGGCCGUGUUGUAUCAUAAGCCAUUUUUAAAUUGCGACAUGGACGACGUUGAGAAGACAUUCAAUGUCAACGUGUUCUCAAAUUUCUGGACAAUAGAAGCAUUCCUGCCUAUGAUGUUACAAAGAGGAAGCGGACACAUAGUGGCAAUGAGUAGCAUGUGCGGCAUUUACGGUGUGUCGCAGAAAGUGGCGUACUGUUCGUCCAAGUUCGCCGUGAGAGGUCUCAUGGAGGCUCUUCAGGACGAAAUUCGUUUCAACGAGAAAAAAACCAACAUUCAUUUUACGACAAUUUAUCCAUUUUAUAUCGACACGGGAUUAGCAAAGGAUCCUAAAUACAGAUUUCCUUGUAUUUUCGGUGCGGUGACGCCCGAGUACGCCGCCCGGGAAGUGAUCAAGGCGAUACGGAGAAAUUAUACGGAGCACACGAUACCGCGAUGCCUCCUUUCCUUAAACGCGAUCAACAGAAUCAUCCCGGAAAACGCAAUGCAUCUGAUACUGGACUUCUUGGCGGACGUCGGUCGAAAACACGGGGAAAAAAGUAUAAUGAAUCUGUAAUACAGUUUUUACUGACUCGGUGAAAGGAAUUAUACGCGACGA